UAUUGUUAUUAUUGUGUAUGUUUGUUUAUCAUUUGCCUAUUGUUUUGUUUAAAUAAAUUCGAGUGAACCACUCAAUGAGAAAACACCACAAUCACGACUGUGAUCAUUUUACCCCCUUAUUCAGGGGCGUAACACUAUUGGCAGUGUCAUCCAUGUUUUGUGAUUUAACAUAAAAUCCUUUGCUUCUAUAGAACUUUUAACUCACCCACAUUGGACCAAAUGGACGGAAACCAAGAUGGAUGGGAUUUAUUGAAACAGCAUAUCCUGGAGAGGCUCCACACACGGAUAACGCAUGUUCUUCAACACACACCACUUGAUAUUGACUACUUGGAAUUUGUAUGUAACCAAGAAACGGUUUUCAUUGAUGCUAUAUCCCAACAUAUUCAGAUGUCACAGGAUAUUACAGACAGGCUCACUGAUUUACGCAACGCUAUCCAGGACCACAUCAACAAUCAUGAACCAUCUGAAGUUGUUGAAGUCGAAAGGCAUACCAAAAAGGGACGGCCUAAUAUAAUAAUACCAACUGACCAACUUGCUCAUCUGCUGGAAAUCGGACUGUCGGUUCCUACUAUUUCAAGGCUGUGGGGAGUAUCUCCUGCCACACUGUUCAGGAGGAUGGCAGAGAACAACUUGUCUGUCCGCGGACUUGACAGUUCAUGUACAGAUGCCGAGCUUGAUGAACUGAUCAUUGGAAUUAAGGACCGGAUGCCGCAUGCAGGCUAUAGAUUAGUGAAAGGGACACUAAAAGCACAAGGAUAUCAUCUUGGAUGGGACAGAGUCAGAGCUUCAAUGCAUCGUGUGGACAGCUUGGGAAUUCUGUCAAGAAUGACUCAGUUGGGAUGUGUUGUCCGCCGAACGUAUUCUGUGCCCUGUCCCAAGUACCUUGUGCAUAUAGACACUAAUCAUAAACUUAUCAGGUAACCAGAGUCUGUAUCAAAUUGAAUGUUAUUGUUCUUGAGUACAAUUAAUAUAAUCAACUUGCACUAGUUGGACACAUAUAUUCACCUUUUAUAGUGAAAUCAAGUAAACACAACAGCUGACAAUUUGAAUGUCAUUAUUAUUUAUUAUUGAAUGUCCUAUCAUUCGACCAACCAUGACAAAAAUCUCGCUUUGAGGAAGCACAGCUGAUCCAUUUGGGACAAGAUGAUCAAUUUCUCCUUC